AAUUUAACUAUCAGCCCAAUCUACAUGUCUAAUAAAAGCCAAUCUGCUCGGGAGAAUUAGAAAGAAGAACAGCGCCUCCGACUCCCGGCAGGAAAUGUUCUUUAUAUUAGAGAUAUACAAGCAGGUCCUGUCAGAUGAAGACUUCACCAGACCGCCUUUCGGCUCGGCAAAAUGGAGCGGCGCUUCGCUCGGGCGCUCGGGGGGCCGGCGGGCGGCUCAGGGGAGCCGGCACCUCGGGGGAUUCGGCCAGCCUGAGAUUUUAAGGCACGAGCCCGAGCCCGAGUCCGCUUCCAGCCGCUCGCCUCCCCGCAGUGCCGGGCUGGCGCCUUGAACCGCAUCGCCGGGGCGGGCGGACGGCAACCGGCGCUGAGGGCCCGGAUCGCGGCCCGGCGGGGAAAUGGGGAGGCGGCGAGAGGCGCCGCGGGGCGUUGCGGGCUCUCCGAGGCGGCCCCGGGCCCGGGGAUUCGGCGUUGGGAGCGAGGCUGGCCGGCGGCGGCGGGGAGAGCCCGCUUUUCCCUGCCAGGACCUGAUGCGAUCCAUUCAAGCCAACAAGUUUGGAGAAUGUUGAGUUCAAUCAAUUCAGAGCGUCGAGAUGGAGCCCAAUUCAGUCCAGUGGGUCGGCUCGCCGUGCGGACUGCACGGACCGUACAUUUUCUACAAGGCGUUUCAGCUGCACCUGGACGGCCGGGCGCGGAUCCUCUCCCUGGGCGAUUUCUUCUUUGUGCGGUGCCGGCCCGAAGAGCCCCUUUGCAUAGCGGAGCUGCAGCUGCUCUGGGAGGAACGGAGCUCCCGGCAACUUUUAUCCAGCUCCAAACUUUAUUUCCUCCCGGAGGACACGCCGCAGGGCCGGAGGAGCCAGCACGGCGAGGAUGAAGUCAUUGCUGCUUCAGAAAAAGUAACUGUGAAGCUUGAAGACUUGGCCCAAUGGGCCCGGACAGAUAUUUCCAAGUGGAAACGUGGCGUCCAGGAUGAAGCCCUCACACCUCUGGAACUGAGGAAAGAUGGGCAGAGGGAAGCCCUAAGCAGGUUCCGGCAAUCCACGCACAACAGUGGCCUCAAUUUCAAGGAUAUUUUGAAGGAAAAGGCCGACUUGGGUGAGGAGGAAGAUGUCAAUGUGCUGAUCCUCAGCUACCCUCAAUACUGCCGCUAUCGCUCUAUGCGGAAACGGAUCCAGGGCAAGCCAUCUUCAGUGCAAGCAGACCAGUUCGUCUUAGCCCUGGGAGGUGUUGCAGCCAUCAGUCAAAGGUCUCAAAUCCUCUACUGUCGAGACACAUUUGAGCAUCCCACACUCAUUGAAAAUGAGAGUGUAUGUGAUGAAUUUGCUCCCAACCUCAAAGGACGACCACGGAAGAAAAAGUCCUGCAACUCACAGAGAAGAGAUUCGUUCAGUGGCAAUAAAGAUUCUCAGAAUAAUUGUGAAGGCAAAACUGUGGCCAAGGUAAAAUGUGAGUCUAGAUCACCUUUGUCCAAAACCAAAAACAAUAACAGCAACUGUAAAAAGGGCUCAAAUGAGGAUAAAUCCAAGAUUUCUGUCGGUGAGGAAUGCAGAGCAGAUGAACAGGCCUUCCUUGUGGCACUUUAUAAAUAUAUGAAAGAAAGAAAAACACCCAUUGAACGAAUACCCUACCUUGGUUUUAAGCAGAUUAACCUUUGGACUAUGUUUCAAGCUGCUCAAAAACUGGGAGGAUAUGAAACAAUCACAGCCCGUCGACAAUGGAAACAUAUUUAUGACGAAUUAGGUGGAAAUCCCGGGAGCACCAGUGCAGCCACUUGCACACGCAGACAUUACGAAAGAUUAAUCCUGCCCUAUGAAAGAUACAUUAAAGGGGAGGAAGACAAGCCGUUGCCUCAGGUGAAGCCUCGAAAGCAAGAGAUCACUCAGGAGGUGGAGAGUAAGAUAAAAUUGACGGGCACAAAGCGCAUCAAACAUGAAAACAUGAAGAACAAGAAGGAGCGAGAAGAGGCACCAAAGCCCCAGGACCCAGCAGAGGGUUCAUCGGCCAAAGAGAAGAAUCAAGAAUGCUCAUUGCAGAAAAGCUUAUCGGACCUGACUGCAGCAGAAGCCAUGAAGCUCUCUGCCGAAGGGUCUCAGCUCUCCCCUCCGACGGCCCCUAGAGUGGCCUUCUUGGAAGAGGAGGAGCCCCUGGCUGACGCAUCUCUGGUCUCCCCUGAAGCCAUGAUCAGAAGCCCACCACUGGAGGAGCUGCAGGAGGAGCCCAAACAGGAACUAUGUGGGGUGUCAUGUUUUGCAGACGGCCUCGAGGAGGAGGCCCAGGCAAUUCCAUUCACCAACUUCCCCAGCCUCCAGCUGCCCCUCCCAAGUCAGAAUGAGAUGGAAGAUGAUAAAAUCCCAGAGAUGGCGGACUACAUUGCCAACUGCACGGUGAAAGUGGAUCAGUUGGGCAGCGAGGACAUCCACAGUGCCCUGAAGCAGAACCCCAAAGUGCUGGUGGUGCAGAACUUUGACAUGUUCAAGGAGAAGGACCUCCCGAGUCCCUUCAAUGGGGACCCCGGGUUUGGUUCCACCCCAUUGCUCUACUCCAAGGGCAACCCAGGCAUCAUGUCCCCUCUGGCAAAAAAGAAGCUCCUCUCCCAGGUGAGUGGGGCAGCCCUAUCCUGUGGCAACUACCCGUAUGGCUCCCCACCACCACUGAUUAGCAAGAAGAAGUUCAGCAGCAAAGACGACCUCUUGUCUGGCAGGCCGGGACUGCUGUCUUCCAGGCAUUCGAUGGACAGUGCAGCAGUCAGCAGGCCAUCAGUCAUCCAACACGUGCAGAGUUUUAAACCCAAGACUGCGGAGGACAGGAGGCCCACUCACGAUGCCUACAGACAUGAGUCCCUGCUCAAGAAACCAGACUCUGAAUGUUGUGAUUUUUCCAAGCAGCAUUUGAGUGCCCUGGCAGAAUCCUACGCGCUAAAGUCAGAAAUCCAGGACAUGAAGGAGCGAAUGAAUGAGAGGAGGGCCCUGCACCACUCGCACAUGCCAGGCUUCCUGGCGGACUUCUAUGCCUCCCCUCCCCUCCACAGCCUCUAUAGGCGUGCUGAGCACCUAGGGAGCCAGCCGUGCUCCAAGUACUUCCCCCGAGACAUGUACGGGGAAAAUGCUGCCGGGUUCCCUCCCCAUAAACUUCAGGACAGGCGACUACUCAGCUACCAUCCCCCUUUGCACCAGCCAGAGAACAAGACCUCCCGGGAAACCUCCUCAGAUGAUCAGCCCACAGAUCUGAGUCUUCCCAAAGGGGGCCACAAACAGACAACAAAAACCUUGGGAGCCCCUCUCUUGCGGGGUUCACCCAAGGGGGCAGAGGAGAGCAAAAGCGCCACCCGGUUCCACUCCUUGACUGGCCAGACUCUAAGCAUGGAUGGCAAUCCAAAGGCUUGUCGGGUCUCCCCAAUGACGGUCUCCGCCCCAAAGAAACAGGGGGAGCCCCUCCUGAGGGCCUGCAAGCUGCCAGCCCCGAGAAAGUUGGAUGGGAUGGUACACCCAGUCCUGAGCCACAAAGCCAUGGCUCCGGGCAUCGGGGCAGCUCGCCCUCUGAAGCGCAGCCUGGAGGACCUGGACAAAGGCCUUUUGGAGAAGAAGGUCCGAGCAGUCUCGCCCUUGCGCUUACCAAAGGAAGCCCCUUCCAAAGAGCAGGACGUGGAGGGCAGCAAGCCAGUGCAUGGCCCACCCCCAGGUGGGGCGCUGGAGGGCCACAAGUUCCCCCUCUCCAGCCCCAUCUUCACAAGCUUGUAUCCAGGGACCCUGUGCGGCGGCCUGGGCAGCCGCAUGCCUGCAACUGGUUAUUCCCACCCCCUGCAGUACUUGAAAAACCAGGCCGCCCUCUCCCCCCUGGUGCAGCCAUUUGCGCUCCACUCCUUCAUGGUGCACAGACAGUUCCUCACCUCCCCAGGCAGCUCUCAGCAGCUUUACCGGCACUUGGCGGCAGCCUCCCCUGUGGGCAGCUCCUACGGGGACCUUUUGCACAACAGCGUUUAUCCUUUGGCGGCUCUGAACCCCCAGCCUGCUUUCCCCCCCUCCCAGCUCUCCUCUGUACACCCAAGCACAAAGUUGUAAAUGCUCCUGAAAAAUGGCAUCCUGCAAAUGACAUUCCUUCAGCCCACAAUCCUGUCUUGCAAACAAGUAUAUCAAUAUUUGUGAUAACCAAUAAGCGGUUUUGCUCCUCCCUGCUGAGCGCUUUGGGUCUGACUGAGACGCGGCUCCCGCUUAGCUGGGCUUGAGGCCAGACUGCUGGGCUUCCUCCGAGCCGCCUCACUGGUGUGCCUCUUGCUGCACAGAGGGCUGCAGGGGGUUAGGGUUUCCUGGCAGCCGAGGCUCAGGUGCGCCUGGGCCCCAACUCAGAGGAAGGGCCCUCUCGGUUUGCCCCACCCCCACCCCCGGGCAGCAGCCUUGAAACCUUUCAGAUAAAUCUGGAAGGCAGGAAACGCCACCUGGGGAAGUUGCUUCUUUGGGUACCAUUUCAGAGUUCAAAUCAAUGCAAUGUAUAGAAAAACUGUGUCAACUUUCAUCUUAACACUAUCAGAACAGAAAAAGUAAACACAAAAUAGACUGUACAUAUCUGCUUCAGAAACAAGAAUGACCCGUGUCAAUUUCAUUUGUAUAAUUUAUGUAAGUUCUUAUUUUCCGCGUAUCAUGUGCUGUUUUUUAAAGAAAAAAAAAUUAAACAGCUCCUUUUUAUUUGCCACUUUUUUUCCCUUUUCCUUUUGUUUUUUAGUGCAAAAAAGGAGGCUCUGGAUAUUAAGGGCUUUUUAAACUUUGCAUUUGUCUCUCUCUGCCUUUCCUCCUCUGCUUAUAUUUUGAAGGCAGCUUUUGGGGAGGGGGUUACACCCACUUUCAUGGGACAGAAGCCAACUAUGAUCAAAAAGUCCCAAUUCCCCCCCAGCCUGAGGUUGCUGGGUCCUGCCUCGACCCUUCGGAGCAACUCCACCCUCGCAGCCGAGUGCGGCUUUCCUGUCUCAAGGCCGGCCUGUCGGUUACGAACUGCAGCGCUCAAUCUCUUACAGGCUGCCCGACUGUCCUUCGGUCCCAGAGGAAGCCUCCCAUGCACCAUCAGUAACGUUGGCAUGCAGAUGAGUCUCCACAGGGGUUGCGAGAACUUCAGCCACAGCCAUUAGAUUAGAAGAAGGGGAGAACAUUUUAGAUCCUGCCGUCCAAGGGAAUCCCUUGAAAAGAGAGCCCGGUCGAUCUGGGCUUCUUCAAAGCAGAGUCAAGGAAGGGUUGUCCAAGAGCUAGUCUAGCCAUUAAUUGUUUGAAUUCUUGGUUGGUUGAUCUCGGCUAGAUUCCCCAAUAUACUUUAAACCUUGGCUUUCUAGCAGUCAUAAAGGCAGGGUAAUGUAAAAAACUUUGAAGCAGAGCACUGCUUUGGACGCCCCCCCCCCUUCUUCCACUGAGCCAGGCCAGGGAGCAUCUUGGUCUACCUCUUCCUGAUUACAAUGCCUUCCAGAGUCUGCACAAGUUAUGUGAGGCUUUGGCAGAGCCCCUCAUUUUAUGACCCACCUGUGCUUCACCCUGGGUGUGUGGCACAUGUGUGCGCCUCCAUCCUCUCUGUGCCUACUCCUUCUGCUGUGGAGCUCCCAGCUUGCCUCUGAACCCUUGAAAGGCAGCCACAUCCAACUGGGGGGAACUGGGGGGAGCAUGGAUGGCUUCAUCUGUGUCCAGCCUGUCUCACUAUGAGCCGUUUCCCCUAUGCCUCCUCCAUCCCAUUUCAGCAUUCAACUGUGAUAAAACAGAAUUAAAAGAAUAAACCGCACCCCCACAAAAAUGUAUUUAAACAUCUGUUUCAAUAUAUUUCAAACAUACGUUCCCUCAAAGUACAUAAAUCUCAACAAAUUUUCUCUUUAAAACAUGGGGGUUUUUUAACCAUGAACUGCAUAAAAGAAUAGUGAAGUGUGAAAACCAAAAAAUAACUGCACUCUCGUCCACUCCUAGACCAGGAGACAAAGUUUCGUAUUAAAAUUUGCAAGGAGCCAGUUCUUCCUCCCUGGCUGAAAGAGCAAGAGCCGCCAUCUCUGGAGCUCUUGGUGGGGGUUCAGGUCAGGGUCAAAGGGGGGGGUUGUGCCAGCCCUCCUGACUCUGGCAGCAGAAGAGCCUCCUCCUCUGGACUACAUCCAGCCUCGCUCCAGCUGUUGUGGGAGGUUUCCCUUUGAGAUUGGGAUCCCAAGGGCUGGGGCAGAACUCACCUUUCGGGCUGAGGAACGCUCCCAGCUCACCCUGUUUGGAACUGCAGGGUGGCCAGAAGAGACUCAAAUCUCACUUGCCUCGAGCCGGACCAGAAGUUCCAGACCGGCAUCGCUUCUUCUGGAGGGCAGAUGAGCCCAGUUACACAGCAGCAGCUCUGAGCCUCCAGGCAGGAGAGGGCAAACCUGACCCCUCUGAGGGGCUGCCGAUGCUCUUUCCCUCACUGGGUGCAUCCCCAUCCCAGAAAGCUGUGGCUUCUUGGCCUUUGCCCUGGAUGUCGGUGCAGAAAGGCCGAGAUUGAAGGAAGCCCCCAGUAAUGCCAGGAUCCAAAUCUGUCCAGUUCCACUGCAGUAAAUCAUCCAACCAACGGGAUCUAGUGGAAACUACUUAAAAUGCAACUUGCCUGCAUGCCCAACAGCCUCUCGUGAUAUAUAAUGUAAGCUACUAUAUAUAUAUAUAUAUAUAUAUAUAAACCGAGUAGAUGUGAUUCUACUGAGCUGGAGCUACAAAAAACCUUGGUUAUGUAGGGAAAACCUGGCUAGAAGAAAAAAAGAAAAGAAAAAGAAAAACAUAUAUAUAUAUAUAUAUAUUGAUGGGGAGAAACACAGUAAUAGACAGAUAUUGUUAUCUUCAGUUAAAUGCUUUUAUGUUCUUGUGCAUAAUUAUACUAACUGACGAUGCAUAAACAGGCUUCUAGAACACUCAGCACAUAACUCUGCUGGGGUGUGUGCGUGUGUGUGUGAGGAGAGGGUUGGUGUUCCUAUUGGUUGAAUAGUGAAUGCAAAGACCCCCCUCAUCCCAGUCAAAAGGUUUGCUCGUUUGCACUAACCCCGAGCAAUGGCACUCAAGGUGGGGAGGCAGGUGGCUGGCCAGGCUGGGGAAUCAGAGGAGCUGCGGCUGGUUUUGAAAUCGGGAUAAUUUUCAGAGAGGCUUCUUGGAGGUGCCUCUUUGUCCUUGUUCUUUGUCCUUCGUGCGGCCCUUUUUGCUGGUGACGGGAGACCAUCCGCCACGACCAUCUCCCCUUGCACUCCCACAGCCUUCCCGAUGCUUUGGGGGCGGGGACAGCUGCUCUUCUCUGCCAGGGCCAGGUGGGGCUUCUGCUGGCAAAGGGGCUUUCCUGCCAUGGUCACCCUCUCACUGGAGAUGGAGCUGGUUUUUGAAAGUUGGACCAUUUCACCAUCUCUCUUUCCCUGCAUUAUUUUGGAAACAAUUCAGACUGUUUUAAGGCAUCCUAGUGGAGAGUUAUUUCCAUCUUUGGUCCAGAAGAAAAAUGUAUUUAUUUUUAGAUAUCUUGGCCAUUUUGAGGGCAAACGGGAAGUAGUGAUGGCAUGACGGGCUCCCUUGUGGGGGGCGGGAAGCCUGCCUUCUCUUCUUUGUUUUAAGAUUCCAUUUCUAUUAAGUCUUAAAUGGGGCUAUGUUUGAGUUCAAGAGGCCUUGUGACUGAAUAAAAUUGCACAAGUUUUUCUUUGUGCAAUCAAGCCAUUGUUAUUAGUAGACUGGCAAAAGAAUGAGCAAAAUCUAAUUGGCAGCAGAAAGGAAGAAAUCUCUUGAGUGGACUUUCCUUCCCAGAAGUGUUGCAAUUCCAGUGCACUCUGCUCGGGAUUUAAAGAUUUUGAAAGCUGGUAAGAUCAAAGACAAAGAAAAAUGCUUUUCAUAUAAUAUCCUGUUAAAAACUAAAGGCACUAUACUGGGCGAGGCAUUUUGCAGUUGGAUACUUAUGGUAAUAAUUAGAACAGAGAGCAGUUUGCCAUUUUAAUAAAGCUCCCAAGUAAAACCCAUACGUCUCCUGGCUUGUUGAACCGCUGCAUGAAUGAAAGACCUCAGGCAGGACCCCUUGGUAGAGGAACAUUCCUGCUCUUGGAGUCACCCCGGUCCCACCCAGGGGUCACCUUGGCAUCUAGCUGGGCAACAGGAUUCCAGAGCAGCUUGAGAGAUUUUGGCAUGGAUGUCUCUGGGUGAGGGCACCCCCUGCCCUUCAGGGGAAGAUCUGUCUGCCUGGGUCUCAAUCCCUUCCCUGGCAGAGGGUGGUUACUGGGGUCUCCCAUGCCUGACCUUGCUGACUCCCCUUUGGCUCCAAGGCUGGAGGUGGCCAGAAGAUGGGUGAGGUUUGCCUCGAUGUGUGGAGGCAUCCUUUAACUUCAAAGGGAUGUGGAAGAAAUGGCGGCUCCUCUGGGACAUUCCCACCUUUUCAAAGGAGAAGCUGUUUUUUUUCACGUUUCCACGUGAACUUGAAAAAUACAGCUGCUUUCUUGUGUUGACCCAUUGAAGCAGCUGCAUCUUUAAUGUGCACCUUCAGUGCUCUGAGACAUUUCUCCCAAGUAAUUUUAAGAGCACGCGCAAUCUAUUUUUCAUCAAUCUUAAGUAGGUCUGGCCAGAGCACAUUGCAAUAGGGAUGGUCAAAUUUGCCCCUUUUCAUGAUUUGUAUCAUUUAGAAUGGGAAAAAAAUGUGUCUUCAAUAUGAGGCCUGCAGAACUAAAGCUUAUCUUGAGCAGUUAACUGAUGUUUGCUGUAAAUAUAUUUGAUAUUUUACAUGUAUUUCCUCCUCCCCAAUAUUAUAAAUAUGACCUAAGGGCAGCAUAAUCUACAGGCUUGUUUUAAGCAUUCUUUCGUUUGUACAUAGUGUACACAUUUUUGUCAUUUAUGUUACUGUAGGUUAUAUGCCCGAUAAGGUGAUUAUCUGUAAAUAGAAAAAAAAUGGCCCAAUAAUAUCACAGUUCCUCAUUUUUCAAAAAAAUAAAAGGGUUAUUGAGUAACCUUUUGCAUUGAUUAAAUUUAACACUACCAGAAAGAAAUAAAAGCUGAGCCAAGUAUAAACACUCAAUUUUUGUAUGUUUUCCAAAUUGUAUGUAUUAAUGCUUUUGAUACUGUAAUAUGUGCCAAUAGUUUCCCAAACACAUAGCAAGCAGAAGAUAUUUUGUACUUUUUGAUCCACUGUAAUAUUUAAUAAAAAAUGUUACUAUCUG